GCAACCACACCCGCUGGUGCUUGAAUCUCUUGGCAACGCCCAUCCGCAUCAGUGCAGGCCCUGGAGCGCGCUGUGCCUCCCAUGCAGUAGCGGAUCCCAGGCAACUGCGGCACUUGGAGUUGCAAGUUGUUCCCGACGUCGAGGAGUGCAAGGAGGAAGGCGGUUCGUUCUCUUCGGGGCCCUUGUUGCUCAGCGGCUUGACACAGUUCGCCAGCACGGAGGCAAACGAGUUGGUCUCCUGGCGCAACGCGGUGCGCUGCGGCCGCGGCGAGGGCAUGGCCUUCAGCGAGCUGCACCUGUUACUGGAGAUUCGGCGAUGCAGGCACUCGGGGCUGUUGCGAGAAGUCUCAGCCGAGCCCAUGUGGCAGGUGCGGAACGAGACCGGCUGCGAGAUCCUCUUUGGAUUGGCACGAGGAGAGCCGAGGUUUCGGCUCGGGGAGAACCAUGCCAACUGCGUAAUUCUCCAUCGCGCUGCCUGUGGCGAAAGCUGGACAGCCGCCCUGGGUCCCUCGGCGGUGUGGAAGAGUGAACUCCUUGGCCUUGGCUAUGGCAUGUGCAGCCUAGGUGCAGUGCAACACGAUCCAACGUUUCCACUUUGCGCUUGGUUUGGCGUGGCCGGGGUCUGA